CUACCACUGACAGUUCAGUAGCAAUUUGGUGGGUUGACGAGUGUUGUUAAGGUUUUUUUUCUUGUCAGCAAAAUAUAUAGAAAAUGAAUUCUUCUACUUGUUUAUUAAUGGCAUUGAUUUGCUGGAUUACUGGGAAUUCAGUUACUUACACACAAGCCGCCAAACAGAAAUAUGUAACAUGUGGGUCCCUUAUAAAGCUGUUGAACACAGAUCACAGAGUUAGAUUGCAUUCCCAUGAUGUUAAGUAUGGAACAGGUAGUGGACAGCAAUCAGUGACUGGUACUGAGGUUCAAGAAGAUGUUAACAGCCAUUGGGCAGUGAAAGCAGCCACAGGAAAGAAUUGCCCACGAGGACAACCAAUAAAGUGUGGAUCUGAGAUCAGAUUGGAGCAUAUGGCAACAAACAAAAAUCUUCAUUCUCAUCAUUUUGCCAGCCCAUUGAGUGGUAAUCAAGAAAUCAGUUGCUAUGGUGAUAAUGGAGAGGGUGAUACUGGUGACCAUUGGACUGUAAUUUGCUCUGGUGAUUAUUGGAUAAGGGAUGAUAGUGUGAUGCUUAAACAUGUUGACACUGAACAAUACUUGGCUACAUCUGGGAAAACGUUUGGAAGACCUAUCAAUGGACAGAUGGAAAUUAUUGGAUUGAGAUCAUCGACUGGUGCAGUCCAUUGGCAAUCCGUGGAGGGCGUAUAUUUGCAUGCAUCAGAUGCAGCUGAAAAACAUUUUCAUGAAGCACAUACUGAACUCUAGUCAAAGUUAGUCUGAUUAAAAGACUUUCUACAAUAAUGUUUCUAUACAAUAUUUAUUAAUUACAUAUUGUGACUGUGUUAAAAAAGAACUAUUCUAGCAAAUAAUUUUUCUUUGUAAA